GCGCCAUACCCGUCUCUCCAACUGUGAAUUUGUUUUUUUUUCUUCUUUUGUCCGUGAAGAUUGUGGAGGUAGCCAUGUCGCAGCUGCUCGAUAAGGCGAAGAACUUUGUGGCGGAGAAGGUGGCGAAUAUAAAGAAGCCGGAGGCCAGCCUCGACGACGUGGAUUUCAAAGACGUGAGCCGGGAGGGGGUGACGUACAACGCCAAGGUCUCAGUGAGCAACCCCUAUGGGACUGCUAUUCCCAUUUGCGAGAUCUCUUACACCUUCAAAAGUGCCGACAGGGUGAUAGCGUCGGGGAAGAUGGCGGACCCAGGGUCACUGCCGGGGAACGAGAAGACAGUGCUGGAGGUGCCGGUGAAGGUGCCGCACAACAUACUGGUGAGCCUGGUGAGGGACAUCGGCGCCGAUUGGGACAUCGACUACCAGCUGGACUUGGGUCUGACCAUUGAUCUUCCUCUCUUUGGUGACUUCACUAUUCCUCUUUCCAGGAAAGGAGAGAUCAAGCUCCCUACUCUCUCUGAUGUCUUCUGAUCUACCCCUCUCUUGAUUCAUCACUUUCUCUUGUUUAUCGCUUGUUUUGGAGUGUUCCAAUGGACCUCAUGCAUGUUUGACUUUUCUUGCGUCUGUACUUUGACUUUGGAUAAGCAAAUAAAGAUCGUCUUUGGCUCA